GUGAACACCAAACACAAUCUUACUGCCGUCCAUGUUGUAGGACGGAACGUUUCGGACUUUUCCGCUAAGGAAGUAACUGUAAACAUUCCGACUUCUCGGUCUCGACCUGCUCCUUACACACACCUACACACACCUGCUCCUUACGCACCUGCUCCUCACACACCUGGACACGGUCCUGCAGUGUGUGUGAGAUGGCAGAAGCCCACCAGGCUGUUGCAUUCCAGUUCACGAUCACUCCUGAGGGCUUUGACCUGCAGCUCUCUCGACAGGCUCUCAAUCAGAUCUACAUCUCCGGCUUACGUUCAUGGAAGAAACGCAUCAGCAGACUGAAGAAUGGUGUUCUAAAGGGCGUAUACCCUGCAAGCCCCUCCUCUUGGCUCUUUGUUGCCGUGGUAACUCUGGCCACACUGUAUGCUGAGACCGACCCCUCCAUGGGCCUUAUCUCCAAGAUCCGGGAUCAUCUGCCACUCAGCGUGUCUCUGAGCUCUCACGGACAGACCAUGUUGUCAGCGUUGUUAUUCAGCACACUGUUGUGGCUUUCACUCGUCCUCACCCUGCGCUUCUGUCUCAAACUCCUCCUAUCCUACCAUCGCUGGAUGUUCGAGCGGCACGGACACAUCUCCACCACCACCAAGCUUUGGGUGUCUCUGGUGAAGUUACUCUCCAGCAGGAAGCCGUUGUUGUACAGUUAUCAGAGUUCGUUGCCGCACCUGCCUGUUCCUUCCAUCAGAGACACACUGCAUAGAUAUCUGGAGUCUGUGCGUCCUCUCCUAAGCCCAGAUGAAUUUGAUCACAUGACACAACUGGCUGCUGAGUUUGAGAAGAAUUUGGGAAAGCGUCUUCAGACUUACCUGAAACUCAAAGCUUUGUGGGCCACUAAUUACGUGAGUGAUUGGUGGGAGGAGUAUGUUUACCUGCGAGGGCGGAACCCCAUCAUGGUCAACAGUAACUACUAUGGAAUGGACUUCUUGUAUGUAACACCGACAGCUAAACAGGCCGCUCGAGCAGGAAACACCAUCACAGCCCUGUUACUGUACCGCCGUAAAGUCAACCGAGAGGAGCUAAAUCCUAGCCGUGUUCCUGGGACAGUCGUCCCUCUGUGUGCAGCACAAUGUGAGCGCAUGUUUAACACCACACGCACUCCAGGAGAGGAGACGGACACACUGCAGCACUGGCAGGACAGUGAGUUUGUGGCUGUGUACCACAGGGGGCGCUAUUUCAGGCUGUGGGUUUACUCAGCUGGCCGUCUCCUCUCUCCCCGAGAGAUCCAACACCAGAUCCAGAAAAUUCUGGAUGAUCCCACACUUCCUGCCCCAGGAGAGGAGACACUGGGAGCACUGACCGCUGGAAACAGGGUUCCCUGGGCACGUGUGAGGAAGCAGUAUUUCAGCUCGGGGAUAAAUAAACGUUCUCUGGAUUGCAUUGAGAAAGCAGCGUUCUUUGUCACUCUGGAUGAUGAAGAGGAGGGGAUGAAGGGCGACGAUCCGGAUGGGAGCCUGGACCGCUACGCUAAAUCUCUCCUCCAUGGCAAAUGUUAUGAUCGGUGGUUUGAUAAAUCCCUGUGUGUGGUGGUUUAUAAAAACGCAAAGACCGGCCUCAACGCAGAACACUCCUGGGCCGACGCCCCUACUGUCGCUCACAUGUGGGAGUUCACUUUGGCCACAGAUGCUUUUCACUUGGGUUAUGACACAGAUGGAAACUGUCGAGGCGAAGUGCAGCGCUCUCUCCCUCCUCCUCAACGCCUAGGCUGGGACAUACCACAAAAGGUGAAGGAGCAGAUAAAGGAGUCUCUGGCUGUGGCUCGUACGUUGGCUGAUGAUGUCGACUGUCAUGUGUUUCCCUUCAGAGAGUUCGGAAAAGGUCGCAUUAAAAAGCUGAAACUUAGCCCAGAUGCUUUUAUACAGAUAUCACUGCAGCUGGCAUACUAUAGGGACAGAGGAGGUUUUUGCUUGACUUAUGAGGCCUCUAUGACACGUUUAUUCAGAGAGGGUCGCACAGAGACUGUUCGCUCCUGCAGUAACGAGAGCUGUGCUUUUGUUCUGGCUCUGGAGGCUGGAGAGGAGAGGGAACGCUGCAUCUCUCUACUGCAUAAAGCUGCUGAGAAACAUCAGAACCUCUACAAAUUGGCCAUGACGGGUUCCGGCAUCGACAGACAUCUCUUCUGCCUCUACGUGGUCUCCAAAUACCUUGGAGUGAAGUCUCCAUUCCUCAAUCAGGUGUUGUCUGAACCCUGGCGGCUCUCCACCUCUCAGACUCCUGUUCAGCAAAUGGAGCUUUUUGACCUCAUUAAUUAUCCUGAAUUCAUCUCACUGGGUGGUGGCUUGCCCAGUAGCUGAUGAUGGUUAUGGUGUGUCCUACAUCAUUGUUGGUGAGAACAUGAUCAACUUCCACGUUUGUAAAACUCCUGUAAACACACAAACUCUCGCAGGUUUGGCUCUCAGAUCAGUCUGGCUUUAAGAGAUGUGAUGUCGCUGUUCAGCUUCGACUGAGAAACCAAUGAAGAACAAAACCAUAAACUGUGUGUGUGUGUGUGUGUGUGUGUGUGUGUGUGUGUGUGUGUGUGUGUGUGUGUGUGUGUGUGAAACUCAGUACAGUUCUGUUGGAUUUUAUUAAAUGGGAUUUGGUGUGUUUUAAUCUGAUGUUACUGAAGCUGGUGUUGGAAAUGUUUCUGUGUGUGUGUGUGUGUGUGUGUGUGUGUGUGUGUGUGUGUGUGUGUUUGUUGGUGCAAUGACAAUGCAAUAACUGUAUAUACGAGUGCAAUUACAAUGCAUAUUGAUUAUUUACUUCAACAGAAACCUUUCAUGAAUAUAAACCUUUCUUUACAAAUAAAAGAGAAGAAAUCAGUUAUCAACA